ACUCAUUUCUCCUCCCACUUCGAGAUAUUUAUGCAUCACUCGAUAUAUCAAUAAUUACUUCCAAAUGAGUUUUUCCAUAAUACUUUUCUUCCAACCAGAGACGACCCUUUGCAGUUUUAGCAUAGUAUUUCGUAAAGAUCACAUAAGAAGUUAUGGUGGGAGUAGUUAAACUCAAUAAUUCUUCAUCUUUUUAAAAAAAAUCGUGUUCAAGAUCAUAUUUUUAUCCUUCUUUUAAUCUCCUUUUUUGCAGUUCAGGCCUUUUCUUUAUAACUAUUUGCAGCUGAUUACUUGAUUAGUGAUUACUUCGAUUCGAUUCUAUCUCCGAGUCAGCCGUUUCAGUUUUGAAUACAAUCCCAUAUUUUAAGCCUUUCUGGUAAGAUAUCGUUUGGGUCAGUAAAAAAAGAAACUUAUUUCCGGAAAACAUGAAGUGGGUCAUUUCAGAUGAACCCAAAAGGGGAGAGAAGAUUGAGGGCAAUUUCAUGUGAUUUCUGUGGGGAGUUGAUUGAGAGAAUUGCUGAAAUUGUGGGAAAAAUCAAAUCAUUGGAAUCUUGUGAAGAAUUGGGUAGAAGAGAGGAAGAAGAUGGAAGAAAUAAAGGAAAGAUCUUUGGAAAGAGUGGUUUCACAGAGAGCACUGCAAAUGGGGAGUUCAUUUCCAUGUCAAAUCUGUGUGGUUGGAUUCCUUUGUGGAGUUUGCCUGACCUCUUUCUUCCUUGCUGCUCUCACUUCAUUUGGUGCCUUUCAUCUGUUUGGUUCAACUUCCACUUUUUCCACCACUGUUCUGCCUUCAAAUUUUACCUCUAAAUUCAUCACUGCUAUUUCCAGUGGUGAUUUUAAGUUCAGACAGAACAUAACACAAGUUUGGAUUUACCCACAAGAAAAUUUCACAGUAAAUACAGAUGAAAGAGCAGUUUCUUUGUACACAAUGUGGAGCAAUUUACUACACCAAUCAAUGGGGGAAGGUGGUGAUUUAUCACCAGAUAAAAGAUUGGUUAGUUCCAAUGCGCCGAAAGCCCCUUAUGUCGAGAAUUGCAAGUUGAGUGACAGAGUAAAUAAAAGGCUAGACAGUCGCGCUGAGAAUGAACGCUUUCCUCCAUGGACUAUUUGGAAGGGAAUGUUGGAUAAGUUUCCUUUGUCCAAGACAGAUGAACAGCAAGGGUAUUAUAGACAAAAUGCAAUAUCUGAAGGAGCUUAUCCUCCUUGGAUAAAGGGAUCAGAUGAAGAGAACUACCCUUUGACCAGGAAAGUGCAACGUGACAUUUGGAUCCAUCAGCACCCGUUGAACUGCAGUGACCAAAGUGUGAAGUUUUUGGUAGCAGAUUGGGAGAGGCUGCCUGGAUUCGGUAUGGGAGCUCAGUUUGCAGGAAUGUCUGGUCUUCUUGCCAUUGCUAUUAACCACAAAAGGGUACUUGUAACCAACUACUAUAACCGUGCUGACCACGAUGGUUGCAAAGAUUCAUCACGUUCUAGUUGGUCUUGCUACUUCUUUCCAGAAACAUCAGAAGAAUGCAGGGAACGUGCAUUUCGGCUUAUGGGACAGAAGAAAGCCUGGGAUGAAGGGAUCAUAACUGUAAAAGAGAAUUAUACCUCAAAAGAAAUAUGGGCGGGACGAAUUCCCAGGGUAUGGGGCAGCCCUUGGAGUUAUUUACAGCCCACCACAGAAGUAAAUGGGACCCUAGUUGCUUAUCACCGUAAAAUGGACCGGAGAUGGUGGAGGGCUCAGGCAGUGCGAUAUCUGAUGAGGUUUAAGACAGACUACACAUGCAGCUUACUAAACAUUGCUAGGCAUUCAGCAUUUGGUCAGGAAGCAGCAAGGAUGGUUCUUGAAACUCCAGUCAAUUAUUAUCCAGAGCAAGAUGAUGCAGAGAAGACCAGAUAUUAUGACAUGGAAAAAUUUGUAUGGUCUAGUCAUAAACCAUGGACUCCUAGGCCAUUGUUGAGCAUGCAUGUUAGAAUGGGAGACAAGGCGUGUGAAAUGAAGGUUGUCGGAUUUGAAGAUUAUAUGCAACUUGCGAAGCGCAUACGAAAAAACUUCCCCGAACUGAACAGCAUUUGGCUCUCCACUGAAAUGCAGGAGGUGAUUGAUAAAACGCUGACGUAUCCCCAUUGGAAGUUCUACUACACUAAUGUCACACGACAAGUGGGUAACGUGACAAUGGCAACCUAUGAAGCUAGUCUUGGUAGGGAAGUUGGCACGAACUACCCGCUAGUCAACUUCUUGAUGGCCACCGAAGCUGACUUCUUCAUCGGGGCAUUGGGCUCAACUUGGAGCUAUCUCAUUGACGGUAUGAGGAAUACUGGAGGGAAAGUCAUGUCGGGAUUCUUGAGCGUCAACAAGGAUCGGUUUUGGUAGAACCCUUCUGUCUCAGGUGGCAUCUCAAGUAUUCACAUAUCAUAUGUGUUAAGUGUCUCAAAGCAUUAGCCAAAAUAGUACAUAUUGUUAAGGGCGUGGCAAUUGACAUUUUGACAACCAUGUAUGAAUAGCAUCUUACAUUUGUACUUUGUAGUAUGUACAUUUGUAAUUAUGUAUCAUAAAAUUUCACUACAAGUUUAAAUCCUUUUCUCAAGCAGUUGC